CCCUCGCCGGCCCCGGGAACGCGUUGCAGUACUCCGACAAACGUCGCGCACGUCGGUUGUGGCGGCCGAGUGAGGAUCACAAUUUACGCACGCAAGGACGAGUGCGCGAGAUCACUUAGUGACACUGCGCCGCCUCCGUGCGUCGGAAACCUAUAGAGGAAAAAAGUUUUAACGCUCUUAUUAAACUGUAUUUAUUUUAAUAAAACUUUCAUCAAACUAUCGCUAACAUUUAAUUGACUGUAUAAUCAAAACUUAAACUAUCAAAAAACAUAUUGUAUUAAAAGUGUUAAUCAAAUUGAAAAAAAAAAGAAGAAAAUAUGGAUAAUUACUAGCGGACACUAGUACUUUAACUAAAACGAAGAGGCUGUGUGGCUGUCGAGCGAAUAUAUAUAAUCGGCAAGAUUUUUAUCAUACGGCUAGUGUAACAUGAAUUUAUAUGACAUCGGCAACGGUGCGUGCCUGCAUCACCUAGGAGUGUGAUAAAAUAUUAAAGCAGCAUCGGCUCUCGCGCGCAUCCGGAAAAUAGUGGCGCGGAGGUGGAAAAAGUGAAAAAUCCCAAAUGAUGUAUGCGGAAGGAAGCACAAAAGAAAAUCGACGAAGUGUGCGAAAUGCGGCAUGAGUUAAUACCGAAACAGAUGGGGACGUGGGACACAUGGCAAAAGAAGACUUUGUCCCACGGAAAUAUUGCCAACUUUCCGUCGCGCCGGCAGCCGUCGCAAGUCCGAAAGACGGCGCUCACGUCGCAGUAGUGCGAAAAAUAUCGUCGCGCAUGUCGCCGGUUCCCUCAACCCCCGUCGAUACAAUACAGCGGCCAGCUGGAUUGAAAACUUUGGCACACGCCAAAGUCACCAGCCCUGCGAGUGACACUUUAUUUUUCUAACGUAGUUCUAAUGAAAGUUCUCUCUAACAUCAAUGCAAUGGAUUCGACGCGGGAGCGAUGCUACUGCUCCUGCGGAUUGCUGACAGAGACGAAAGAUUGCGACUGAUGCCGGCGGCGGCAAUCCAGCGUCGUAUCUUAGUGUGCGGGUGACGUCAUGCGUGUCAUGCCAGAGGGUCGGGCUAACGCACCGUCGCCAAAAGUCAACGGACACCAGGUAUCCGACAACAGAUACAUCCGCGCGUUAGUAACGUUAACCAUGUGGUUGGCGGUAGUCGUUAGUCACGUCGGUGAUUGCGAGGCCUCCUCGCUGCUGGUCCACAAGUACAGCACACGCGUGGUGAAGACAAAGUAUGGCCCGCUGCGAGGCGUCAUGAUACACAUCCAUCCGCCGGUCGAGGCAUUCCUCGGGGUGCCGUACGCCACACCACCCGUCGGCAGUCUCAGGUACAUGCCACCUGUAACACCUUCGCUGUGGAAGAACACACGUUUAGCGGAUCGAUUCUCGCCGGUGUGUCCACAGCGUCCGCCUGAUAUUGGCAACCGGACCGAAGCGCUCCUCGAAUAUCCGCGUGGGCGCCUUCAUUAUUUAGAAAAGCUGCUUCCGCUGCUUGCGAAUCAAAGCGAGGACUGCUUGUACAUGAACAUCUACGUGCCGAGAACAGCAAGCGGUGAGGAAGAACAUAGCCCGUUGCCUUCCAUAGUGUACGUCCACGGCGAGAGUUACGAGUGGAAUUCUGGGAAUCCCUAUGACGGAACGGUGCUGGCUUCUGCCGGACGUGUAAUUGUAGUCACCAUCAAUUUUCGCCUCGGUGUACUAGGUUUCCUAAAGACUGGCACUAAGGGUAGCGCGCAAGGGAAUUUCGGACUAAUGGACUUGGUCGCCGGCUUACACUGGCUCAGAGAGAAUCUAGACGCUUUCGGCGGUGAUCCCGAGAGAGUCACACUAAUGGGCCAUGGAACCGGCGCCGCCCUUGUCAACUUCAUUGCCGUCUCACCUGUUGCCAAAGAAUUGCUUCAUCGCACCAUAUUGCUGAGUGGUUCUGGCCUAAGUCCUUGGGCAAUGCAACGCGAUCCUUUGUUUGUGAAGCGGAGAGUGGCAGAGCACACCGGUUGUCAUGGCGACUUACUGGAAGACGAUUUGGCGCCUUGUUUAAGAUUAAAACCAUUAAGUCAGCUGUUAUCGGUCAGCUUGGAGCCACCGCGAUUCCUACCCGGCUUCGCACCGUUUAUCGACGGAACCAUUUUAUUGAAUCCGACAAGUCCGCCCGCCUCAACCGGAACGUCGACGGUGGCAACCAGCGUCGGUUACGAAUUGGCUGAUUUUCGCGACCGGGAUCUAUUAUUCGGACUGACAUCGACAGAAUCCUAUCUGGAUCUGAGUGCGCAAGAUUUGGAGUUCGGGUUCAACGAAACGCGACGCGAUAGAGUUUUGCGGACGUAUGUGCGUAACUCGUACUAUUAUCACUUGAACGAGAUAUUCUCGACGCUGAAGAACGAGUACACCGACUGGGAGAAGCCGAUGCAGAAUCCCCUGAGUGUGCGCGAUGCCACGUUGGAGGUGCUGAGCGACGGCCACACAGCGGCUCCGCUCAUUCGAAUCGGCUAUUUGCAUGCGCUGCGUGGGGGGAAAACGUUUUUUCUACAUUUUCAUCACCAGAGCGGCGAGAGGGACUUUCCACAGAGGUCCGGAAGCGUACGAGGAGAGGACAUACCGUAUAUCUUGGGCCUGCCACUGGUAAACGGCGGUACUUUUUUCCCUCACAACUAUACGCACUCCGAUGUGCAGAUAUCCAAGAUGUUGAUGCACUACAUAAGCAACUUUGCGAGAAAAGGUGAUCCUAAUGGUGCAUCACAGUCUGCGACAAACAUGCGGCGAGAUCCAAAUGACAAGAACAAUAUGGACGAUGUGGUAGCACCUUUUUGGGAUACCUAUGAUACAAUAAAUCAACUUUACUUGGAAUUAGGAAAUAAAGCGGAAAUUAGGAACCACUACCGGGGGCAUAAAAUGUCGCUCUGGUUAAAUUUAAUACCGCAAUUGCACCGACCCGGCGAAGGAGACGACAUAUCUAUGAGACAUCAUCACUUCCAAGAAGAAGGGGAUCAAUAUUACGAUGGUUUUGUUCGUCCGCAAACAAUGCAACGGCCUUCGCACGUCGCAUUGCAACCACCGACGACGAGUCCACUUCCCAUCGUGCAAUCCACUUCGGCAACGCCAUCGCCGCCGAAAUCAGAUACCGCACUACAAGCGACAACGACCGAGUGCACCCCUAACGCCAGCUACGUCAUCCCGCAGCAAAACCAGCAGAACUUGCACAAUCAGAACAAAAAUAAUUUGCUCAGAAAAUUGGCGUCCAGUCACUACCAGAGCUACACGACAGCGCUGACGGUCACAAUCGCGGUUGGUUGCUUUCUCCUUCUGCUCAACAUUCUCAUCUUUGCUGGAAUCUAUCAUCAACGUGAUCGAGGCAGGUCGAAACGAAAAAAAGAAGAAUUAGAAGCAGGUAGUUGUUCGUCGUCUCCGGGGGACGCUUACGAGACGAAACGAAUGCGGCGGCGGCGGGGUGGUGGUAAAUACGAUCUCAACAGCAGCUUCGAAUGCAAGGAGGACUUGAGUAACUUUAUCGGGGAGUACAGCGCCCAGCAUUACAUCGAGAAACGGUCGUUGGCCGAUGUCCAAAUGACGCAGUUGCCGCUGCAAGAGUUCCAGGCGUCGCCGCCGUCGGGCGUGAAGCGGAGCAUGGCGGAUCAUCCCCCGGAUGUGACAAGCUCUGCUAUGAUCGCCACCACGCGUGCCCCCACGAUGACGUCGCAAGAUACGCAGACUAUGGCCACCAAUAACGGAAGCGGGGCUAACUGCUGCAACAGUAGCGACGUGAUGACUAGCCCCGGUAUUCCGGAACCGCCACCGCCGCCAAAAAAUAUGCCACCGAUGGGUAAUAAUCAAGGCAUCUUGCGGAACGCACCCACUACCCCUGGCACGAUGAAAAAGCGCGUCCAGAUACAAGAAAUCUCAGUUUAGACUGCAGUCGAUGCAAUGGAUGGAGAAAUGUAAAAAUAAAAACUGUGAUUUCUAGUUGAAUUAAUUCGAGAAUGAAUAGGUUAAUGACUCUUGGCAGAAUGAAUUUGCCGGUGUCAACCUACUAGCAAACUAAAAUACUAAACGUUAAACUACAUUGAAAUAAAUCUAAUACAUCAACAAAAUGGAAUUGAGUUUGCUUCCAACAUUUUAAUAAAUUAAACCAAGUUGUAAUAGAUACUGAUAUUUAUGGUGCGAAUGAAAUUAUGAUUACGAAUCAUUUUGAUUUUCGUCAAUCGAUCUUCAAAACAUUCCAACCUGAACACCCGUGUAAUAUAUUAAAGACAAUCAAAACAUUGUGUUUGUUGAAACGGAAUUGUAGUCCUAGAAGAGUGCAAACUUACUGCCAAAUAAACAUUUUCAUUGACAGGUACUGGGAAAAUAUAGUGCGAAAAUCAUGUUGAAGAUCAUUAAGACUUGUGAUUUGUGAUUCGAACAAAAACGUCGUCUUGUAGACAUUUUUAAAAUACUUAAAUGCUGUAAAUUACUCAUUAGUAUGUAUUUUAAAGUUUUUAUUCAGUACGACGGAUUAUUGAACGAACAUAACAUGGACAUUGCACUGGUAUGGAUAAUAAGUGGUUUUGAGAUAUGUCAAACAAAAAUGUAACACAUAAAAUGGAAUUUUGAGCAUUUAAGAAGUGCGCGCCUGUUAGCGACAUGUUUGUUUAAUUAAUGUCCAAUACUUUAACGAUUGUUUUGUUAUUUGAUUGAACUAAAUCUAAUAUUACUCAGAAUCCAUGAGACAAAUUGAAACAUUUUCAAAUGCAUCUUAUAUUGAUGUCAUUUAUCUGAUAUUAUUAUUACUGUUAUCAUUUUAAUAUACUUAUGGCAUAAUAAAUACAUUAUUAUAUAAAA